AUGUCUGACAUCGAAGCUCAUGAAAAUCUAUUAAGGCUCGACAAGCUCAGUGGAAGUGCUUUAUAGUUUAAAAUAGUAUUAAUUGGUAAUGGUGGUGUUGGUAAAACAUGUUUCAUUACUAGACAUACUUCUGGUAGAUUUAUACAAGAUUAUGUUGCUACUAUAGGUGCAAAUGUAUAUCAAUUGGAUUUUUUCACAAGUAAAGGCCCUGUUACAUUAAAUUGUUGAGAUACUGCUGGUCAAGAAAAAUAUGGUGGUCUAAGAGAAGGUUAUUAUAUAGGUGCUGAUGCUGCAAUUGUUAUUUUUGAUGUUACCUCAAGAGAUAGUUAUAACGCUUCAUAGAACUGGUUAAAAGAUUUAUUAAGAGUCACAAGAUUAGAUUUACCUCUAGUACUAGUUGGUAAUAAAGUAGAUUUACCUGAUAGAGUAAUUAUGCCUAAAAAUAUUACCUUACAUAGAAAAUAUAAUAUGGAUUAUUGCGAUGUUUCCUCUAAAUCUAAUUACCAAUAUGAUAGACCAUUUAAAUUAUUACUUCAAAAAUUAUUAAAUGAUAAUUUCUUAAAUAUAUUAGAUCAACCAUUACCUGCUAAAUAGGAAAAACCUAUAGAUGUUGAAAAAAUGAAAGAAUAUGAAAAAGAAUUAGAAAAAGCUAAAUUAGCUCCAUUACCUGCAGAUGAUGACUUUUAA